AUGUGGUCAGGGCGCGGCGGCAAGAGCUCCAAGAGUGCCAGGGCAUCGCGCAGGGCCGCCGCGGCCUCCAGCCUGCGGGGGCUUCGCGCCAGCCACGCCUGGCAGAAGGAGCAACGCGGCAAUAUUUUCGACAACAAGAAGCCGUACGACUCCCAACGGUGGCGCCACAAGCAGCAGCACAGCGACGACGACGACCGAGAGAUGGUGCGGGCGGGGGUCGGCGAGGGCGCGCCGCUCGUGACCAGAGCGCACUUUCGCCACGGGCGCCGCGAGAGCAGCGCUGCACUGACCCAGACUCCCGGAUUGACUUCGAGAUCUCACGCGCUGUACGGCUACCGCGGACGGCGCGUGGGUGAGGCGAGCCACCCAGGGCCACCGCACAACGUCGCUGCCCCAGCCACGACGCCGCGCGGACGCUCGCAAGCGGACUUGCCCGAGCCAGCGGGCGAGGUUUCGGGCGAAUCCGCGCCCCGGUCGGCGGAAGCCGAGACUCCCCCUCGAGAGCUCUUCGGUUCGCCGGGCCGGUCUCUGUCGCCGCUGCCUCCCGGACAGAGCCACUUUAGCGCCGUGUUCGGACAGGCGCCUGCGGCCGGAUGGGACUUCUCUGGGCUGUUCGCGCCGCCGCGGGAGACAGCCGAACGCGCGGCGGCCGAGGAGCAGCAACAGCCGCAGCAACCACAGCAGGGGCCGGACCCCCAGGAGCUGGAGCAGCCAGAGGCCAGCGAGGUUUGCUACAUGCGCCAGGAGCCGCUCGACGACUCGAGGGUGCAAUGGCCCGACUGCGGCCACGUCCCGCACUGCUUCCACGCAGCCUGCCUGGCCCGGUUUCGCCCUCUCCGCCGCGGACUCGCACACCUGCGGAACUCAGGCGGCGAUUCCAGCCGGGUAGAGGGCGCAGCGUGCCCGCUCUGCAACCACAGGCGACCCGCCGAGGAGCGGGCCAGCCAGUACCGAGGAGGGCCCCUCGUGCUGCCGGAGGGGCCAGCACCGCACGCGAUCGCCAUGCGCCCGCGCCACCCGGAGCGACCCUUGCGAUGGCGGCACUCGCGUGGGCCAGAUGGGCUGACUGGCAGCUGGGACUGCGCCGCCUGCGAUGUCGCCCCGCUCGGUAGCGAGGUCCCGCCGCCGCUGGGCGAGAGGCCGCCGCAGUGCCCUUGCGGCCAGCCAGGGCAGGUCGAGUGGGUCGCCCGGGCCAGCGGGGACGCCGGAGGGCCUUGGAGGUGGCAGGGAGACUGGCUCUGCGAAAGCUGCGCCGCCACAGCGCUGCCCGAGCCAGAGGCCGCGCAGCCGGAACGGCCGCCAGAGACAGGAGCAGGAGGCGGGAGCCCGGACCCACCGGCGGCGGACGGCCCACGAACCCAGUUCAGCGGCUGGUCGCCUCCACGACACGCUGCAGAGACCAGCCGCUACCUUAACUCCUGGAUGUACGUGCCGCUCCUCCUGGGCGCCGCGGGCCAGCUUGACGGGCAGGAAGCCGCCGCGUGGCGACAGCACCCUGCCGCAGCACACUGGUGGGAGAACGCCGCGGCGUUCCUCCGAGAGAGGCCGCGCGCCGACGUGUCCGCCUUCCGCGCGGCGGGCCCCCUGCUGCCGCAGGCUCUCGGAGACGGGCUGCACGGGGACCAACUGGGGCUGCCAGCGGUGGUAGGGCUCCUUGCCGACGACAGAGGAUACGUGCAGCCGAUCGCCCAGGACAUCGUGAUGCAGAUCUUCGGGGGGGUGGACUUCAUCCGCGCUGUGGAGGUGCAGGCCGAACUGCGCCGGCGGGUGCCGUGCAUCCGGGCGCCGCCGGCUUUCCUCCGCGGCCGCCUUCGCCAACUCUACCACACGGUCCUCGAGGAGGUCCUGCGCGCAGACGCCCUUCCUGGCGACGCCAACGGGCUGCAGAAUGUGAGGGCUUGGGAGCUCCUGGUUCUCAUCUGGCGCAUGCUGCUGCGACGGACCGCGAGCGCUGGGGCGCCAGGGCGGCGAGAGCUCGAAGCGCGACUGGAGCAGUUCGAGGACGGCUCCUGGGAAGCGCUGCUGGCCCCAAGCCUGCCAGGGCAGCGGCCUCCGGGAGGAGCGCGCGGCGCGGGCGACGCCGAGGCGAGGCGCCUCCUGGAAGACGCGGUGGCGCUGGUCAGAGCAGGAGGCCUCAGCAAGGCUCGGCAGCUGCUCGCCUCGCGCGGGCUGGCGCCGGGCACGGCGGAGACUUUGGCAGAACUGCGGGACCCCGCCCGGCGACCGCCGAGGCCCGCUGCCGACUUGCCGCCUGCCGCCCGAGCCUUCCAGCCGGCUCGGCCCGUCGAGCUCGACCGCCGCAUCUGGACCGACUGCGUCCGCUCCGCCCCGAAAGGGUCUUCCAGCUCGCUGAGCGGAGCCAGCUUUGAAUUGCUCAAGCUGGCCGUGGACGAAGACGCGAGACGCUCGAGCUGCAAGCUGCCGUGGCGGAGCGCUACGCGCGGGCCGAGGUCCCAGCGAGCGUUGCCCGCGCCCUGGGCGCAGGCUUUCCGCGUGGUUACCGCCGCCAUGCGCGAGUGGGCAGGGAUCGAGGCGAACCUCGGCAAGUGCCGCAUGUGGAACCGGGGAGCACCGCGGCUCAUGGUACUUGGCACGCCCCUGGGCACCGCGGCGUUCGCGGCCCGGCUGACGCAGCAGAGGACGGACGAGGAGCGCAGCUUCCUACAAGAACUCCCCAACCUGCCAGACCUUCAGUGCGCUUGGGCGCUCCUGCUGUACUGCGCGGAGGCGCUACACGACCUCCUCGACUUCGACCCCGCGCCAGCUGAAGCAGAGAGGCUCUCCCGAGUGAGCUCGCUGCCGCUCGGCCUCGGAGGCCUUGGACUCAGGUCAGCCGCGCGCACGGCCGAGUGCGCGUAUUGGCCGUCUUGGGCGGACGCGCUCCCCAUGUUGCGACAAAGAAACCCUACAGCAGCAACGGAGCUCACCGCCGCCCUCCGCGCCGGGACAGGCGCCGCAGCCUCGUGCCUCCAGGAAGCUGAGCGCGCGAGGGCUCCCGCCGCCCGCGACGGCUUUGCGACGUGCCCAACUUGGCAGGAGGUCUGGGACGGCGCGCGCCCUGAACAGACAGAGCCAGAGCCGGGCGAGUGGAAGCACGGAUGGCAGUACCACGCCUCGGCAGCCCGAGAGCGGCGCUACAGGGAGGAGGUCGUUCUCCCGAGCCUCACGGACGACCAGCAGUGGAUGCUCGACUCGCAGGGAGGCCGCUGCGGCGGACGGCACCUGGCCCUGAUCCCCUCGACGCCAGAAAGCACGUUCACGCCAGAGCGCCUCCGGGCACUGCUCCAGAGACGGCUCCGCUUACCGCUGGACGCCACGGCAAGCAGGUGCAACGGGCGCUCCUGCCAGGCCCACUUGGGCGAGAGAGGCGACCACAGAGCAGCUUGCCCCCGCAGCGGACGCCUGCUGAAGCGCGGCGAUCCCAUCGAGCGGAUGUGGGCCUGGUUGUGCCGGGAGGCAGGAGGCCGUGUCCGCACCGACGUGCUCCUGCGCGACAUGAACCUCCCGGGCAUUGCCGCCAACGACGGGCGCCGCAUCGAGGUGGUGGCCAACGGCCUCCCUGCCUACCACGGCAGGCAGCUCGCCAUCGACGCCUGCAUCGUGUCCCCGCUGAGGGCCACGGGCAGGCCGAUUGCGCGGAGGCUCCGCCCAGGACUCGCGCUGAAACGGGCGAGGCGCCGCAAGCAAACGACUUACCCUGAGCUGGUGGGCUCGCGGCGGGGCGACCUGCUCGUAGCCCGAGCAGAGACGGGCGGCCGCUGGGACGAGGAGGCGUACGAGCUCUUCGUUACCCUGGCCCGCGCCCGGGCGAGGCGGCCCGAGGGCAUCGUCGUCAUAGCGAACGGUGGCAAGCAAAAUCAUCGUCAUCGGGGCCAGUCGUGGCAAGUCGUGGCAAACAAGGUCGUCAUCAUCGUCGUCGACACCCUCUCCCCGCACGCUAUGCCGCGCGGCGCCGUGGCGGACAGCGGGCAUGGCGCCACAUGGGAGCAGCUGAGCAAGUAG